AUGGUUGAUGACGAUCUACAAAAAAUUGCAGAAAAUAAAGCAUUACAAAUGGUUUAUAAUCAAAUUCGAGUAAGAGCACAUACGGGUGCCCUGUAUCUUGGUCAAGGAGGCUGCUGGAUAACAGAUACAAAAUCAGAGAACGCAGAUGAUGAUCAAUCUACAAACUCUUCAAUUGAUAAGGCCUUUUAUGAAAAUAUCUUAAUUAAAGAAGCACUUACAGAAGCAUGGCUCUAUAAUAUACAAGAUCGUUCAGACGAAAUAAAUCUAAAAGAUCUCACAAAGAUCUUAAAUUGGGAUAAGCUGGAAUUAAAUUUGAACGAAGCCACUAUCAUAUCCAUUUAUGAGGAACUACCUAAGGAUAAAACUGGUAAUAGCGUCUUGGUCAAAAACUUCUUGAGUAAAAUUAAAGCAGCAAUGCAAACAGCCUACGUAACCAACAAUGAAAAUGAGACAUAUCACUGGCGAAAAAUGUGGAGCCAAAAAACUGGCCAGUUUUAUUUUAACCUUCGUACUGGGUGUUGUCAAUAUGCGGAGCCAAGAGCCUAA